AGUGAACUGAGCAUCAGAAGUCAGAAGACGUUCCCAUUUGCAGACUACAAACCCGAGAAAGCCAGGAUGGGCACUGCUGGAAAAGUCAUCAAGUGCAAAGCGGCUGUACUAUGGGGAAUGAACCAGCCCUUCUCCAUUGAGGAAAUAGAAGUGGCCCCACCGAAGGUGAAGGAAGUUCGUGUUAAGAUUUUGGCCACAGGAAUCUGUCGCACAGAUGACCACGUGAUAAAAGGAACAAUGGUGUCUAAGUUUCCAGUGAUUGUGGGCCAUGAAGCAGUUGGGGUUGUAGAGAGUGUGGGAGAAGGAGUCAGCACAGUGAGACCAGGCGACAGAGUCAUCCCCCUCUUUCUACCGCAGUGCAGAGAAUGCAACGCCUGCCUUAACCCGGAGGGCAACCUCUGCAACAGGAGCGAUCUGACAGGCCGUGGGGUGCUGGCCGACGGCACCACCAGAUUUUCCUGCAAGGGCAGACCCGUCCAGCACUUCAUGAAUACCAGCACCUUCACCGAGUACACGGUGCUGGAUGAAUCUUCAGUAGCCAAGAUCGAUGCCGCGGCUCCUCCUGAGAAAGCCUGUCUGAUUGGCUGUGGGUUUUCCACGGGUUAUGGGGCAGCUGUUAAAACCGCCAAGGUCACCCCUGGCUCCACCUGUGUUGUGUUUGGCCUGGGAGGAGUUGGCUUGUCAGUCAUCAUGGGCUGUAAGGCAGCCGGCGCCUCCAGGAUCAUUGGAAUCGACAUCAACAAAGACAAAUUCCAGAAGGCCCUGGAUGUAGGUGCCACAGAGUGUCUCAGCCCCAAGGACUUCACCAAGCCCAUCAGUGAGGUGCUGGCCGACAUGACGGCCAACACCGUUCAGUAUAGUUUUGAAGUUAUCGGGCAUCUGGAAACCAUGGUCGAUGCCCUCUCAUCUUGCCAUAUGAACUAUGGAACCAGUGUGGUGGUUGGUGCUCCUCCGUCAGCCAAGAUGCUCAACUUUGACCCAAUGCUGCUCUUCACUGGGCGAACGUGGAAGGGCUGCGUCUUCGGAGGUUGGAAGGGCAGAGAUGAUGUACCCAAACUGGUGACUGAGUUCCUGGAAAAGAAGUUUGACCUGGGCCAGUUGAUAACCCACACAUUGCCUUUUAAGAAUGUCAAUGAAGGAUUUGAAUUGCUCUAUUCAGGGCAAAGCGUUCGGACUGUCCUGACAUUUUGAGAUCCAGAGAGCUGGGUGUUCUUUGCUGGGUGACUGUGACCUGAAGCCUCCUUCCUGACAAGGACCUCUGACAUCAUGAGUCUGUCUGAGAAAUGCAUGCAGAAGCAGAUCUGGGGAAGAUAUAGAAGCUUGAUAGAGUUUUCUAAACCUUUUUAAGUUUAGUUUAGUGGGUGCCUAAGCUCAGCUGAGUAAAUGUUUUAAUUUGUGUUUCCUAAGGCUAUAAUUCUAUAUUUUUAUAAACAUAUUCUUGGAUUUCCACUUGUUGGAACAGGGAUUGUUUUCAUCAUUUUACCAGUUGCUGUGACUUAAAACAGACUCAGCAUGUAUAGGUGCAGUAAAUACAUGUUUAUAGAAAUACUC